AAUUGUACGAAUAUAUUUUUUCACGUUUAUGAAAAUUUAAAAUGGAGAUUUUCACAUUAAGUUUAUUGCUUAUCGUGUGUUAUUCAUUAUAUUAUUAUUUCAAUAAGCAACUGCGAUUCUUUCACGAUAAAAAUCUUCCAUAUAAAAGUGGUUGGCCUUUGUUUGGUAAUUUUUUCUAUGCGUUUUUACGACGAAAACACAUGCUGGACAUUAUCGAAGAAAUAUAUAAAGUCAAUAGUGAAGCAAAAUAUAUUGGCGGAUUUAAUUUUACGAAACCCGUAUUCGUAAUACGUGAUUUGGAUCUUAUUAAAAACAUCACGAUAAAAAAUUUUGACCACUUUCAAGAUCAUAGGACAUUCUUUGACGCUAAUACAGAUAAAAUUAUGGGCGGCAAUGUUUUCAAUUUGAAGGGCGACGUAUGGCGAGAAAGUAGAAAUUUACUCUCUCCAGUAUUUACGUCGAAAAAAAUGAAGGCUAUGUUUGAGCUGAUGGUCGACUGUGGAGAACGUUUUGUGAAUUAUCUCGAAAAACAAUCCGAAGAAAGUAGAAAAAUAGUCGAUACGAAGAAUUUGUUUACAAAGUUCACAAAUGACGUAAUAGCAACAUGUGCUUUUGGGAUAACAGUAGAUUCAUUGAAGAAUCCUGAAAAUGAUUUUUACGUUCUUGGUAGGAAAGUAACGAAUUUUGAAGGACAGCAAAUGCUUAAAUUCCUUAUAGCUGGAGCAUUUCCAAAAUUAAUAAAAUGGUUGAAAAUAAAAUUCGUUGACGAUAAAACGAGAAUAUUUUUUGAAAACAUCGUUAGCACAACAAUAGCACUAAGAGAUGCAAAAGGUAUUAGCCGGCCAGAUAUGCUGCAGCAUCUAAUUGACUCGAGAAAUAAAGAUUACAAACAUUUUACAUUGGACAUGACGUAUAUAACGGCUCAGUUAUUUAUUUUCUUUUUUGGCGGAUUUGAAACGACUUCGUCGCAGAUGUGCAUCAUAGCCCAUGAACUAGCAAUUAACCCUGAUAUUCAAAAGAGGUUACAGAAUGAAAUCGAUAAGGUUUUGGAAGAAACUAAUGGACGUCCAACAUACGAGGCCAUUACUGAAAUGGCAUAUCUCGAUGCUAUUUUCAAUGAGUCAUUAAGAUUGCAUACGCAAGGUGGUAUUAUCGACAGAGUGUGCACAAAAGCUUUUGAGCUACCCCCGGCUCUGCCAGAUUCUAAGCCAUUUUCCAUGCAACCCGGGAUGAAUAUUUGGAUCCCAGCAAGUGCAAUACAUCGCGAUCCAAAUUAUUAUGAGAAUCCAACGAAAUUCGAUCCCGAUAGAUAUUUCCAAAAGAAAGUCUCGAUCAACGAUGUUUUUAAUUUGGGAUUUGGAAUUGGACCACGAAGUUGCAUUGGCAAUCGAUUUGCGUUAUUAGAAACGAAAAUUCUUAUAUUCUCUUUGCUAUCUAAAUUUAAUUUGAAGCCGAACGCGAAAACUUGUAGUCCGUUUAAAUAUAGUGCCGUAGUAUUUAACAUAAAGCCAGUCGGAGGAUAUACUUUAUCGAUUGAAUGUCGAAAUAAAUAAAUUUCUAAUUCAUUCAAUUUAUAAUGACACAUUUUACACACACUUGGUAUUCGUAUAUUUAUUUUACAAAUACUUUUAUAUUAAAGCUACAAACGUAAUUAUA